AUGGAGGUUUUACGCAACUCCCCGGAAGCUUCCGCCUUCGUCCCGCUCGCAGAGCAUCAAUCGCGCACGCCGAGCUCUUUCUACGAAGGACCACCGGUGCUACACUACCACAGCGAGCGCUGCAAGAUCGUCAUCCUAGAGCGCGACCUCGUCGCUAGUCCGGCACUCAGUGCUCUACGUGGUGAGAGCGCCGCCGCAGCCAGCGAGCAAGAUGACGAGAAGGAAGUCGCUAUUGAGGGCGUCGAGACCUGGGUGACAUCCGACAAACUCCUGCUUUUCUCCCCCACCGCCUCAACCGGCGUCUCAAUCCCUUACCCUUCCAUCUCACUGCACGCCCUCCAACGCUUGCGCGUACCAGGCACCGAAUCCCCGGAAGUACAAGGCCUGUACAUGCAAGUUGCAACACCAAGCGCACCCUCGGCAGACGACGAGGAAGAGUCUAUCACGAUGACAAUCGUACUGCCAGCCGACGCGCCAACGCAAGAGACGAGCGAUGGAUCCGGCGAGACAGAAACACCCACUCAGAUCUUUUACAACUCCGUUUCUGCCUGUUCGAAUUUGCACCCCGACCCCGUUGAGCCUGGUGAUGAGGACGAGGACGAUGAGGAGGGCGCUAAGUGGUUCUCGGCGGAGGAUGCGGAUGGUGUUGUUCGACUUGGAGAUGGGGGUUUGCCGCCUCCUGUUGCUGGGAGUUCGGGGUGGAUUACAGCUGAGAAUAUGGGCGAGUUCUUUGAUGGGGAAGGGAAUUGGAUUGCUGGGGGUGAGCCGCCUUCUUUCCCGCUUGGGCCUGGGGCUGGGACAGUGAGGGCUAGGGAAGGGGAGAAUGGGUUUGGUGGGGAUGAGGAUGGUGGUGAGGAUGAUGAGGCUAAGUGGCGGAGGACUGAGUGA